AUGGCGGGAAAAAAACCAAUCUCGGUCAAUCUACGUGACCUCCAGCGGGUUCUAAAUGAAGGGAAACCCGAAAUGCCAAGGUUCUCGAGCGGUGUAACCGGAAAUGAGGAAGAAACACAAUCGACGUCGUUCGGAACAGAAAGAUAUAAAUCAGGAACGUCAAGAUGGGCUAAUGAAGGAGAUGAUGACGAUGAUGAUUUCGAUAAUAGAGGAGCAAGGGAUGGAUAUGACGAAAAACCAGAACCUGAUUUUAGCACCGUAAGAAGUACAGAUAAUCAAUUUGUACGAUCGGAUUCAAGAGGCCAAUCAGGCGGCAGAAAUGGACCAGCAGAUGAUGCAGAAAGAAAACCAGACGAAGAUGUAUGGAGGAACACAACGAUGCAACCCAUCACAGAAGAAACAGAAGUAGAUGAUGAUGUUUGGAGACGGCCAGUCACAAACACAAACAGCGAAAGGUCACCAAGAAGAGGACCGGAAACACCCAGACGGGAAGAUAGAUCAACAAGGGAUGUCGACGAUAAUGAUAUGUUUAAUAGGGCAACUCUACAGAGGGAAAAUACCGGAAAAAAACUAUAUGUGCCACCUUCAAAAAAAAAUGAAAGAAACGCAUUCAACAUGGGAGAUGGUGCAUCGCAAAUGUCAUCAAGAUUCAGCUGCCUUGAGAAUGAUAGUGAACCCAGAUACCAAAACUCAACUACCUUCGAAUCAUCAAGAACCAAGGAAAUAUUUGCAAUGCAUAGGAGAGAUUCAGAAUCACGAGAAUUCGGAAACCAAUAUGGAAGAGAUGCAUUCAGAGAUAAUAGAGAAAAUUCAAGAUCAAACUUCUUUGGCGAUUCACAAAAAUCGGGAGUAUUCGUGCCAUCGUACAAACGAACACAAACGCAGCAACAAACCACAACACCCAAAAAUUCAACUGUUAAGGAUAUUUUCCUCAAAGCUGCGGCAAUCGCAGAUAAUAAAAAUGAGGAUAAAAAGAAAGUUGAAAAAACAGAACAGAAAAAAGAUACACUAACCAAACAACCAUCUCAAGCGGAAAUACAGGUACAACAGAAAAAAGAUGCUAUAGUACGACAUAAUCGCAUGUAUCAUGUGAACCAUGAUGUUAUAAAACAAGUGGAAGAUGCAGUCAACACACUUAUCAACGGAGGACAGCUAGAUGUCUUACAAGUAGUACCAGAAGACGAAGAAGAACUUGUACCAGCCGUCGUAACAUGUCUAAUAGUGUCUAAGCACUGCGAAACAUGCGAGACCAUGGAAGACGUAAAAAAUAAAUUCAAAACUGUAGCACCACUACUCAUCAACCUAUGCGAAAGACAUGAAGAUGAUAUAGAGGCAGUAUUACUCACAGAAGUGGCCAAGUUCAUGUGCGAAUGGAAAUUACCAGCAAUAUCGGAAUCCAUCUACCUUAUAGAAGCUGUGUUCGAUGCUCUAGUGCAAUGCGAAGUAAUAUCACGCGAUACGGCAAUCCAAUGGCUAGAAAAUUUGCCAGAAGACGUACCAGAUAGAAUCAACGUCAUAUUACAGCUAUUAUCGUGGAAGAAAUGGCUCCUGGGAGAAUCUUUGGAAGCUGCAGCAGAGGGAUCGGAACAGGAAUCCGAAGAAGAAGAGGAAGAUAUAGACAUUGAAGCAUUGGUACCGAAACCCGUACGGAUCAGCAAACCAAUGUUAUAUUGA